AUGAAGCUUUCUCUCCUCGUCGCCGCCGCCGCCGUCUCCUACGUUGCCGCCCAGGAUGACCCCCUGGCCAACGUCCCCGACUGUCUCAAGAAGUGCGGUGAGCAGGCCGCCAAGGACCUCGGCUGCCAGGGCCUCACCGACGCCCAGUGUGUCUGCUCGAAGCAGAACGAGCUCAUCGCCAAGGGUGCCCCCUGCGUCACUGCCGACACUUCGUGCCUGCAGUACGUCGCCCAGGCCCCCGGUAUGAUCUCGGGCGUCUGCAACCAGCUCCAGAACGGUGCCGCUUCGUCGGCCUCUGAGUCUGCCGGCGCUGCCGAGAACACCGCCUCGUCUGCCGACCAGUCCGCCUCGUCUGCCCAGGAGCAGGCCUCGUCCGCCUCUGAGGAGGCCUCGUCCGCCGACGCCGCCGCCUCGCAGACCUCGUCUGCCGUCUCGGCCGAGUCCUCUGCCGUCUCGCAGUCCGAGUCUGCUUCCAACGCCGGCGCCUCGGCCUCCCAGUCGGCCUCUGCCUCCGCCUCCAACGCCGCUGAGGGCAUCAAGGCCUCGGCCACCUCGGCCAUCCAGUCGGCCACCUCUGCCGCUGGCUCCGCCGCUGGCUCUGCCACCUCCAAGGCCGCCGACGCUGCCAAGCCCUCUGGCGGCGCCAUGCCCAUGGUCGCCUCUGCCGGCUCGAUCGUCGCUGCCGUCCUCGCCUUUGCCGCCUUCUAA